AUGUCGCGGCGGCGGUGGCGGGGCCCGCAGAGCGCGGAGGGCAGCGGCCGCGGGGGGGAGAUGGGGAAGAUGGCGGCGGGCGGCGGCGGUGGGGGCGGCUCGGGCCGUUACUACGGCGGGGGCGGCGAGGGCGGCCGCGCUCCCAAGCGCCAGAAGACGGAGAACGCGGAGCCGCCGCCGCACGGGCCCGGCGGGCCGGGGGGGGCUGGCGGCGGGCCCGGCGCCGCCGGAGCGGAGAACUACGACGAUCCCCACAAGACGCCCGCUUCCCCGGUGGUUCACAUCCGGGGGCUGAUCGAUGGCGUCGUGGAGGCCGAUCUCGUGGAGGCUCUUCAGGAAUUUGGUCCUAUCAGUUAUGUGGUGGUGAUGCCCAAGAAGAGACAGGCCUUGGUGGAGUUUGAGGAUAUUCUUGGCGCCUGCAACGCUGUGAACUACGCAGCGGACAACCAGAUCUACAUUGCCGGUCACCCUGCUUUCGUUAACUACUCCACUAGCCAGAAAAUAUCCCGUCCUGGGGACACGGAUGACUCCAGGGGCGUCAACAACGUUCUGCUCUUCACCAUCCUCAACCCAAUUUACUCGAUCACGACGGAUGUGCUCUAUACCAUCUGCAACCCCUGCGGCCCUGUGCAGAGGAUCGUUAUCUUCAGAAAAAACGGAGUCCAGGCCAUGGUGGAGUUCGACUCCGUGCAGAGCGCGCAGCGAGCCAAGGCGUCCCUCAACGGGGCUGACAUUUACUCCGGGUGUUGCACUCUGAAGAUCGAAUACGCCAAGCCCACGCGCCUGAACGUGUUCAAGAACGACCAGGAUACCUGGGAUUACACAAACCCCAAUCUCAGCGGACAAGGCGACCCGGGCGGCAACCCCAACAAGCGCCAGAGGCAGCCCCCGCUCCUCGGAGACCACCCCGCGGAGUACGGAGGACCCCACGGCGGAUACCACGGGCACUACCACGACGAGGGCUACGGCCCGCCGCCGCCGCACUACGAAGGGAGACGCAUGGGCCCUCCGGUCGGGGGGCACCGCCGGGGGCCCAGCCGCUACGGCCCCCAGUACGGGCACCCGCCUCCCCCGCCGCCGCCCCCGGACUACGGCCCCCACGCCGACAGCCCCGUCCUCAUGGUGUAUGGCUUAGACCAGUCCAAGAUGAACUGCGACCGGGUCUUCAACAUUUUCUGCCUCUACGGAAACGUGGAGAAGGUGAAGUUCAUGAAGAGCAAGCCGGGAGCAGCCAUGGUGGAGAUGGCGGACGGCUACGCCGUGGACCGGGCCAUCACCCACCUCAACAACAACUUCAUGUUCGGGCAGAAGCUUAACGUCUGCGUGUCCAAGCAGCAGGCCAUCAUGCCCGGACAGUCGUACGGGCUGGAGGACGGUUCCUGUAGCUACAAGGACUUCAGCGGCUCCCGCAACAACCGCUUCUCCACCCCCGAGCAGGCGGCCAAGAACAGGAUCCAGCACCCCAGCAACGUGCUCCACUUCUUCAACGCUCCCCUGGAAGUGACGGAAGACAACUUCUACGAGAUCUGCGACGAGCUGGGCGUGAAGCGGCCGUCCUCGGUCAAGGUGUUUUCGGGCAAAAGCGAGCGCAGCUCCUCCGGCUUGCUCGAGUGGGAGUCCAAGAGUGACGCGCUGGAGACGCUCGGCUUCCUCAACCACUACCAGAUGAAGAACCCGAAUGGGCCGUACCCGUACACGCUGAAACUCUGCUUCUCCACCGCUCAGCACGCCUCGUAAGGGGCGCCCGAGCCGGCCCGCCGGCGCCGGGGCCCUCCCGCGCUCCGCUGGGCUGCGCCGCCCUCCCUGUAUUCCUUUUUUUUUUUUUUUAAAAAAAUGCUCGAGUUUAGUAGAGGCUGCCCCUUAGCGGAGGCGCGGGGAGAGGCCGAGGCGGCUCCCGGAUAACCUUCGAUUUUUAAAAAGAAAAAUGAUUGUACAUGUGAUUUGUUUCCCGUUCCUUUGUGCUGCCUGUGCUGUCGGCACCUUUCAAUAAAACAGUUUGGAAAACGAAA